AGCGUAGUAGGCUCCCUGACGACUUCUCGAAAGGAGCUGCGUCCACUGGACGACGGAGCGAGCAAAACAUUUUUCGUCCUCCUUCUACCCCUUCAUCUUUACAUACUCUGUUCCAGCCAGAGAUGGCAUCGAGCGACCUGCACCGGUCUGCUACUACCGCUGUUCCGGAGGAUGCCACCGCUCCCCCGGCGUUCUCCCGCAGCACCACGGCCGCUUCUCCAGGGGAAAGCGGCUUCUCCGCUUCGGAGACCGCUACUGCUGGAGAGAUGGAGCUGGAGGCGACUAUACGCGAAAAGGAGAAACUGUUGGAGGAGGCUAGACGGGAAAGACUGGAGAUCGAAAGGAAGUUGGCGGAGCUGGAGAGUUUGAGAGAGGAGGUGGGGAAGAAGGUCGAGCUUGCUGGGAUUGCUAGGAAGGUGUUUGCUCAUGUGACAGAGGAAGAGACGCACAAGGAGACCGAGUCGGAGAUCACACCGCUUGAGAUUGCGACAUAUUGGGAUUCGUUGGCCGAAGAUAUCCAGGGCCUUGAUACGAGGCUUAAGGAGAAGCUUGGGUUUAGAGACUACACGAUUCCCUCGCCUGUUCAGGCCACGCAUCCCGUGAACGGAGAGCAUGUCGAAUCGGCGCAUGAGGGAGUGGAUGAGGAAGAUGGCGAGGAUGAGGAUGAGACACCAGAAGAGGAAAAGGAAAGCCAACAGGGUAGAUCUGACUGAAGUAGAACCAAGUACGUUACAAACCCCGCAUUACCUGGCAUGGUUAUACCAAGCACGCUUUAGUGACAAUUUUUCUAUACCGAGUCCGGAGGACUGCUCGUAUUAUUGAUACUGAUUGAAUUUAUCGGUCGAAUUGCAUGCA